AUGUCGGCGACGAAAGUUACAACGGAAGCCACACCUCCUACCUGCGACAAUCCUCCAAAGUACACAGACCAUCCAGAAAUAGGAUUUCAAAAUCAACAGUCUUAUUUCACCUACAGCCAACAACAACAACAACAACAACAUCCAUAUUUUAUCCAAACACAGCAAUAUACUUAUCAUCCAAAUUAUCACUCCCAACAACAACAAACUAUCCUGCCUCAACCCGGUUCGAAUGCAAGCGCAGUCGUCAUUCAGAUUGGUGAUCCAACUCGAGAUGUCUAUCUUUGUGGCAGUCCGUGUUGUAAUUUCACCGGAGCCAUCGUUUACUCUUGUAUCAUUUUCUGGUGCUGCGGUUGGUUGUCUGGCAUGCUGGCUUUCGUAAUGGCCAGAUUUCACGAGAAAGGGUAUCAUAAACAGCAGUUCUUCAGCUUACAAAACUACAGGACAAGUUGUUAUUCUUUGCGAGAGCUAUUGAUAACCAUGCGUUUUAAUGGUAACAAAGUUAAUUAG